AUGAUGUUUAAUUCUAGAAGAGUGACGCCAUUAUCAGUGGCUCAGAUACCGUCGAUGGAAGAUGACCGCUUUGAGAUUGUAGAAUAUACGUCUACCUCUUAUUGGGAUCGUUUUGUGACUAUGGUGGAAGAGGUAUUAAGAGCCUGGGAAGUCUCCGAUGGUUCUUUUGGAAUAUUUGAUGACUCUAAAUUACAUUUGCUACGGGAACGUGACUUUAAAGUUGUCGAUCCAUAUAUCAGAAAAGAGACAAUUAUACUCGACGAUAAUUCUUACACGCUGUCCUACCACUGCCAUCCCGGUAGCAAAUGGCUUGAUGAAAACACUGCAUCUCGGGAGUCUUCGGAAGAUACGUCGGUAAAUCAACCUCUUAAGACUCCUGAAUUUCUUCCUUUGUCACUUCCAACUUGCUCGUCGGGCGAACAGAUAGAAUUUCACAAUCUACAUCGAUGGACCGGAUGGCGACGUCUUCUAGUCAUCACACCAACAACUCGAUCCGAUAUUUAUAAUACAGGCUCAAUAGAUCGAAGUACUACGGAGCGUGUCUUGAAGUCUUUUGUUAUCGCAUUUAAGAAUAUAAAAUGCAAUCUACCAGUGUUUGCUCCAACCGGACAGAUUUCGAAUUCUUUGUAUGAGGGUCAUUUGUGUUUAUUUCCGCAGGACGGACAAUUUAUGAAAUUUCGAUUUCAUAUGUUACAAGUCCGUGAUGUUCAACCAGCUCAUACUCAUCUAUCGGGGUUGACUUCUCUAUUCUUGGAGAAAUUAAAGUUACAUCAGCGUUGGCGAGAAGAGAGAGAAAACGAGAACGAAAGCACAAUAUCAAAGCUCAAGAUAAAUGUAUCAGCUUUAUUUACUUACGAACUUGUAAAUUUGGAUGAUGACGACUGGCGAAGGUUGGGUGAAGAGUGUGAUACCAUAAGCUCAAGGAGCAAUGCUGCAUUUGACGAGGAUCUGUUUUUGGACGGGUUUGAGCAGGCUGAUGUAGCGUCAUACGCAACAAGAAAUAUCGACUACCAAGAGACGUCUCAGAGUGCCGGGUAUAAACGUACCACGGCCUGUCAAUCCAAGUUACCAUUUGGUCCAGUAAAAGACCCGUUAAUAUCAUUAACACUUACCGUAUUAUUUCCAUCUGCCCCACACGAAGCGUAUACGGAUGAUGAUGUAUACACGGAAAUGGAUGCCGUGGGCGCGCCAAUAUGGUCAUUGACUUGCAAAUUUGCAACCGAAGAGACGCCAUACGCACAGCUUGCCAGUAUUCUCCAAGAAGCUAUUCAAUCCUGGCUAAGAGACAUUUCCAACACCAUAUCGGCAAAUACGCCGAUUUACCAUAGAUUACCCCGACCAGAUUUUGUUCGAACGAAAUCCUUUGCCGAGCAGCAGGAACUGCAAGGAUCAGUUGCACUUACAAUAGUCGAUAUGGUGGAUAUUGAUAACGUGAUGCAUGCUUUAUUUGAUCCGUACAGAAAUGGCGGAUUGGCUCCAGAAACUGCCACGGAACCUACAAUUUUGCCGAACGGCAUAACGUUCAUGAAUGCGACUGCACUCGAUCUUAAUUUCAGACAUGGUACGAUAGUACCGGCAAUGUCACUCUUGUGGAACUUGCUAGAAUACCUGUUGGAAUCGGUUUCUCCUGCAACCAACAGCCAAUCCUCCUUGAUGGGAUCGUUAAAGAUUAUAUGGAAUGAGAUGCUGAAGCGUAUCAGGCAGUGUUGGGAACGGAGGGAAACGGUACCCAAUGUUGACAUAUACCGCAUGUUGGAUAACAGAGAGCGGAAUUAUGCUCGAGAUGGUUUCGCAAAUAACGGCCUGUCCAAGUCGUCAACCGAACACAAUGAUCGAAAACGGAUAGGAAUCGAUCUUCGUUUUAAUAUUGUUCAUCAAAAGCUCUGCAUGAUCAAUUGCUGUAUUGAGCGCUUAAGAAAACUGCAACGGGAUGGUACUCCAUUAUCCACAAGCCCACACUCACUUCGCCGAAGAAUUCCCUCUAGCAGCUCGUUAAACUCAUCCUUUACAAAUAUUUUAAAACCCAAAAUACCUCAACCGUCACCAUCUGGAAGCAUACCGAGACAAUUUGAAAGCGAAAACGUUGACGCUGUACUCAUUAACUCCUUCAACAGUAUAUCCACGGAUGACUUGCCGUCGAUUGACCCGUCGUCUUCGGUGAUUCUUGUCGGUAAUAACUCGGAUAUCUUUUCUACUAGCGCUUCGGUUACUAGUUCUCCGUCAUCCGCAGUCUUCCCAGUACCAAGUCGAAUGGAUAAAUAUGUCAAUCCAACCCAGUCGCCGACCAUAAAUGACUUGAUAUUUGUCGAGAAAGAAAUGAUCAACGACGAAGUUACCGGGACGUUGGAUUAUCAAAAUAGUCGGUCUGCCGCUGCUGCUCAACCUCAACUAAUGAACGGUUCUUCAGUGAUCGGAAACGCUUUUUCACCAACGCCUUCGGAAUAUUCCGAUCCCAAUCAAAGUUCUCUAUUAACCGAUUCUUUUGUUCAACUGAGUUACUCGUCCAGUUCAGAAUCGAUUUCGGGAUUCGACUGUGGCUAUGGGAGUAGUAGUAAACCGGGAUCGAACGAGAGUAUCAGCAUCAACGGUAGCUCGGGUGAAGUUAUUGAUGAGCACGUGAGGGAAGGGCAUUUAUACAUGCUGGCAGGAAUUCGUUUGCAAAAGACGGGAGAACCGGUCUGGGUACCAGAGACACAAGAUGCAGGUCUUUUAACCGAGGAUAUGGUCAGAGAGCAGGAAGAAUUUUUGGCGAAUUUAGGGUGUUCGGAAUCUGCUAGUAGAAAACGCGCAGAAAUUCAGUCUUCUUGUUUAAAGUCAGAUAUGGAGGCCUUUAAAGCUGCUAAUCCGCAGGCAACUCUCGAAGAUUUUGUUCGGUGGCAUUCACCACGCGAUUGGAUCCCGGACGAAGGGGACGAUCCGGACAAAGGCUGUUUAAGCCCGCGAAUGUUGAAGGAAGGAAACUUUUGGCAAAACUUAUGGGAGAGGGCACGCCGAGUUCCAGUCAGUCGACAAAAGCCGUUGUUUGACUAUUUAGUUGAAGGAGAGAAGGCAUUGAAAUAUCUUGAAGACAUUUUAAUUGACGAUCUUUUUGUUCAGUUAUUGCCAACCAUGUUCCUCAUUGCCUAUGAUACGCUAGCCUCGCAUUCGAUUGCCUGUGAAAUCAAGCCUGUUACGUUAGGUCUAGCGGAAUUGGCCCAAGCAUUGACGC